AUGGAGAAUUAAUUAAUUGCUUUGGUGGGUGAUCCUGCUGUUGGGAAGACUUCUAUUGUCAAAUAUUUAAAGGGUCUAGAAUUUGAGGAGGAUUAUAGUCCAACAGAAUAGAUAGAAAGCACAGAUGUUACAAUUCAAGAUAAUGAAACUAUAACUAUUUAUGAUACUCCAGGGAAUACAGCAGAGAGAAAAUAGGUCAUUGAAAUACUGAAGAGUGUCCAAAUAGUGUUUGUAUGUUUUGAUGUUGAAAAUAUCGAUUCAUUUGAUUCAACAUUACAAUGGUUGGAUGACAUCAAAAAAUAAAUAAACAAUUCGAUGCAAGUUUGUCUUGUAGCUUGUAAAAUUGAUUCUGAUAACAGACAAAUAUCUUAAGAGCAAGCAUUUGAAUUUAUUAAUGAUUAUCCAAAUGUUGAAUAUUUGGAAAUUAGUGUAAAGACGGGUGAAAAUAUGGAUAUGCUCAUCGAUAAAAUACCAGUAACAACACCUUAAGGGGAAGGAGACCUAUAAUAAUCUUACAGAACUUAACAAUCUAAUAAAUAAUCUGAGAAACCUCCCCAUAGUCCCGAAAGAUAAUCAUAGACCUAUAAGUCUUAAACAAGUUUAUUGAAUAAGGAGGAACCUCUUUGGAAGGUCUAUGACUUUUUAUUUCCAACUGGGAGAGUUGCUAAACUAGUAAAGAUAUCAGAUGUCAAUGCUAAAAACCUAUCCAUCUAAGAUAUAUUGUUUAAAUUGCAAUUAAACUAAAGUUACCCAGUUGUAAAUCUAAUUGGAGCAAAGGAAACAAAUAAGGGUAAAUUCUAUGCAGGAAUUGCAAGAGCUUGCUUUAAUACGGAUGCAGUAAUAGUGGACAGUGGAAUUUCAACAGGAAUUGAAAAAUAUGCGAUUAGAAGAGGAGUCAAACUGAUUGGAGUUGCUCCUGAACAAGAAGUCAAAUAUCCAAAUUAAAAUACUGGAUUUAUAGACCCUUUUGAAAUUAGUAAUGGACAUACUCACAUAUUUCUUUUAAACAAUAAAGAGAAAAUGAUGGUUUUUGGAUUGGAAGGGGUUUUUAAAAUUAAUUUGUGUAAAAAAUUGGCUGAAGGUAGAUUGGCCAAAAAUGGUUAAAGAGAAAGUUUGAAAGUUGUUCACAUACUUUUAGGUGAAUAGGAAGGAUUUUUAAAUGAAUUACAAUAGGCAGUUAUGGCUAAUCAUCCAAUCAUAGUGAUAAAGGGAUCUCCUUUGUGCGAUUAAUACUUUUAAAAUUAUAAUAAUCCUCAUGCAAAUUAUUCAAAUGCAAGUUUUGGAUAAUUAGUAAGAAAAGGACACUUUUAUGGACUAAACAGUUUAGAUUCAGAAGAUAUUGCCUAGUACGUCCAUUUCUUUUUGACUGUGACUCCAUAUAAUUGA